AUGUCCGCGCCCCUCGUCUGGCUCAUCACCGGUGCCUCCUCCGGCCUAGGACGACAGGUCGCCCUCGAAGCCCUUAACCGCGGAGACAAAGUCAUCGCUACUGCCCGCCCAACCUCCGUAGCGAAGCUGGCCGACCUCAAGGAUCAAGGCGCUGACGUUCUCGAACUGGACGUCACUGCGCCACUGGAGGUGCUGCAUGAAGUCGCGAAGAAGGCUGCGGCGAUCCAUGGACGCAUUGACGCCCUCGUGAAUACCGCAGGAUAUAUCCUCAUUGGCCCUAUGGAAGAAACUACCCCGCAGGAGACACUCGAACAGUUCAAUGCGAACGUAUUCGGGGCUCUGAACGUUACGAGAGCUGUUCUUCCGUACAUGCGCGAAAAGAAAACUGGGACCAUCAUCUUCGCAGGGUCGAUUUGCGGGCUGGAGUCAACUCCAUUUGCUGGCAUCUACGCCGCCACGAAAUGGGCCCUUCGAGGAGUCUCCCAGUCUCUGCACGAUGAAAUAUCACCCCUCGGUCUCCGAAGCCUCUGCGUCGACUUUGGAUACUUCCGCACCGCCAUCCUCCAGAGCGAGCGGCUCGUCACUCGCGAGUCCACUCUAGCGGAUUACCAAGACAGGCUACAGCGGCACCAACCAGGCGACCCAGUGAAAGGCGCGAAGGUCGUCGUCGACAUCGUCAAGGGCGAAGGGGUGGCUACUGGGAAAGCGUUCCCGCGCUCACUCGUCCUUGGGACUGACUGCUACAAUGCGGCGAAGAAGGAAGUCGAAGGAAUGAAGGAGAGGUUGGAGGAGUGGAAGGAGGUCUCGCUCAGUACUGAUUUCGCAAGCUAG